UUCAUGAAACAGAUAAAUUUGCAAGCUAGGAUUGCGAAUUUGUGAGACUGAUCAUGGUGACAGGCUUAAUAAUAAAAUCAAUCAGUUUCAAACAGCUGGGUCUGGGAGUGUUGUUUCUGCUGCUCUCCCUUCAGCUGCAUCUUCUUCUUGCACUUCCUCAAAAUUCUAUGGAUGCAGUGCCAAAGAAAUUGUCACUCGCAGUUCAACUAGGAGGCAAACAUGAGAUCAAAGCUGUAGGGAGGCGUGGUGGCGGAGGAGGAGAUCCACAUGGCAGCGCAGGCGGUGCUGCUGGCGAUAAUGUUGGAGGGACAAAGUCACCGGAUGGGCAGGGUGGAGCUGUAAUCCCUGUGUAUGCAGCCGGUGCCGUGAACCAUAAUCGUUAUCAUCAUAGCAGUGGCACUCGCAGCAUUAACUGCAUUGGCUCAAGUUGCUUGGUUUUAACGCUCUUCACCUCUUUCUUCUUUGUAUAUUCUAUGUAGCAUCUGAUCUCUUUCCAUUUUUCUGUUUGGAAGGUUUGAAUGAUUUUAGGUUGACACCUUUUGCUUAUUACUUGAAACUAAUUAAAAUAUGUAAAGCCUUUUUGUUUAGUAUGCAGAAUGAGAAUAACGUUAAUAUAAUGUUUCCAUGGCAUUUUACACAAGAGAAGAUAACUUUCUCUCAUCUUUUUUAGUAAAAUCCAAAUUUUACAUCAUGAGUUCUU